AUGGAGCUUCAAAUGCUAAGAAAUGGGAUUGGGGCAAUCCUGAUAUCCCCAAAUGAAGACCACUAUCCUGUUACUAGUAAAUUGGAUUUUGAUUGCACAAAUAAUAUGGCCGAAUAUGAAGCGUGCAUCAUGGGCAUCCGUGCAGCCAUAGAACGUAAAAUUAAGACGUUAGAGGUAUAUGGGGAUUCUGCAUUGGUAAUAUACCAACUCAAGGGUGGAUGGGAGAAGAGAGACCUCAAAUUAAUCAGUUAUCGAAAGUUGGUCCUCGAAUUGACGGAAGAGUUUGAUGACAUUGCUUUCCACUAUCUCCCACGAGAUGAGAACCAGAUGGCUGAUAUUUUAGCCACUCUAGCUUCCAUGAUCAAGGCGAAUAAGCUAGAAGAUAUGGAGCCUAUCCAGAUGAGCAUUUAUGAAACCCCGGCUCAUUGCUACAAUAUGAGGAAGAGAAAAAUUUUAGUCAUCCUUGGUACCAAGACAUAUUGCAAUAUGUGA